GCUGCUGCAGGCUGUCAGGAGCUUCGGGUUGUCUUGAAGAGCGGCGCCGUGUCAACAUCCUCGUACUGGGGUUCAGCUGUAGACACCGAGGGGCGGAUUGUGAUCGUGCGGAGUCCCGGCGGUAUCACUGAGGCACACGGGCUCGGACACCUGUCUGUAACAUCGGCAGUCCAGGCUCUUGCUCUCCCGACCCGGUUCGGUUCGGCUCGGUAUGUCCUGCUGUCUGCUCGAGUUCUGCCGGGUCCAGGACCUGCGGACGGUCCGCGAGUUCCUGUUCCCAAGCCUGCGAGCCGCCGACACCAACAAGAACCAGACAGAUAAGGAGCUGAACUGGGACGAUGUGGAUUGGGGCUCCUGGGACGACCAUGAUGAUAAGGACAGGGGCCCUGUGGAGGAGGACAGUGUUUCCCAGGGCGCCCCCUGGCUGCAGGAGUGUGCAGUGUCCCUGUCUCCCUGCUCUGACCUGUUGGUGGUGGCCCGUGAGCACAGGGCCGUGUUUCUCUCUGCGAAGUGGCGAACGGACGAGGGGGGUCAAGAGGAGAUGACCCUGACGGUCAGCUGGAGUGGUGCUCUGAGUGCAGAGGAGGGGCACGAGGAGCUCAGCAUCCUGUACCCUGCAGCGCUGGUCACCAUCGACGGCUUCAGCCUCUUCCAGUCCCUUGCACUGAGUCAUCCCAAAAUCACAAACUGUUACUCUAUUCCCUCCCCUUUCAGGCUGCUGUACCCCGGAUACAAGCUGAUGGGGGUGACCAGUGUAACCAGUCAGGGCUGGCAGCUCCCCACACAGCAGGUAUGUCUGCUAGACCCUGCCAGUGGAGCUCUGAGGACAGUGACCGUGCCCUUCCACCUGGCCCUAAGUGACAAGAAGAGUGAGCGUGCCCGAGACAUGCACCUGCUGAAGAGACUGAACGCCCUGCUGAAGACCAGAGACGCACAGCCUGGUGAGAGAGAGAAUUCUGCACUAUCGACCCCAGCCCUGUGCCUCAGUAUGUGGCUGUCCCGCGAGAGGGCGGUGUUGAGGGAUCCGGAGGCUGUGUCCCGCCUGCGCGCCCUGCUGACUGAGCUCAGUUGCAUGAGAGGGGCAGUGGAGGAGUCCUGGGACCUCCAGACUGUCUCCCCCUGGUGGCAGCAGGUGCGCACUGUGUGUUCACAGUCUGAGAACUCUGGCGCCGCCCUGUUGGCUGGUUUGGUGGGGCAGAGUGUGGCCAAGAAAUGCAUUAACAGCCUGGCGCAGAAGAAGCUGGGGGAGUGUCUCUCUCUGUGUUUCAGAGCUGUGUUAACUGGGGGGGUGUCUCUCUCUGUUCCAGAGCUGCUAUUUGCUGUGUUCCAGCGGUUCCCAUGCUCUAUGUCCCCAGACCUGCUGUCGGCUCACUGCUGCUGGGAGUACGUGGUGCAGUGGAACAAGGAUCCUGAGGUGGGGCAAUACCUGUCCUGGGCAGUGGAGCACCUGAGACAGAUCAGCAACCCCCACAUCCAGCACGGGAUCGGGGUGAUGAUGUGGAGCACAUUCAUCGUGAAGCGCUUCUCUGCUGCAGCCUUCCUCAUGGAAAAGGUGGGCAAGGCUCCGAAGGAUCGACUGUGUCGGCGGGAUGUGGGGAUGGGUGACACUGCCAUGACAUCAUUCCUGGGGUCGUGCACUCAGCUGCUGCAGAUCCUGAUGGAGGCGGACGUGGGGCGUGACGAGGUGCCUCCCCCGGCGCUGGCAGUGGAGGAGGUGUGGGGGGGUGCAGAGGGCCGCAGCUCGCUGGCGGAGCUGGCCCUAGAGCAGCGACCAGUACACUACCCUCUGGUCCAGCAUCACGUGCUGCUGGCUACCCUGCUGCACGCCGCCAUGACCUUCAACCUCCGGUCCGCGCGGCCCCUCGGACUCUUCGACAGCAAGGGCAAGAACGCCUUCUUCAAGGACCUCACCUCCAUCCAGCUGCUGCCCAGCGGAGACGUGGACCCCAGCCUGGUGUCGCUGAGGCAGGAGUUUCUUUUGAAGGUGCUGAGUGGGUGGGUUCAGUCUCUUGGGGAGACGGGUGAGGAGUCUGCUCCCUCUUCUGUCCCUGGAGCUGAGCUGUGGCCCUCACUGGUCCUGGAUCUGGGCCCCCUCCUGCAGGUGAACCCCGACAUUCUGCGCCGACAUCUGGUGUGUGAGCUGUACAGCCAGGGAUUGGAUCGACGGGCUGAGGAGGUGAUGUUGGAGGUGGAGGAUCGAGAGGUUCUGGGCUCCCAGCUGCUAGUUCUCACAGGCCAGAGGCUCUCCUUCGCCCUGCUGCACACCCAGACCCGGCCUGGCAUGGAGCUGCUCGCCCGCCUGCCCCCUGUCCUCUGCACCUGGCUCAAGGCCAUGGACCCCGGGGAGCUGCGCUGUCCCUCAGUGCCCCUGUCCCAGACCAGCCGCCUGGUCAGCCGCCUGAUUGAGGUCCUGCCCGAGACUCAUGGCCAGUACAGCCUGGCCCUGCACCUGCUCGAGGCCGUGGAGGUCCUGGACACUGACACCUGAGCAGGGGGGAGUGGAGAGGGGGACAGAGGCAGCAAGGGGCAGAGAGGAGGAGGAGGAGGAGGGAGAGGACUGCUGCAGUUUGGAGUGGGUGGGGGCCAUGGCCACACCUGCCCCUCCUCGUGGUGGAACGUGUGGGGCCUGCAGUCACGUCCUGCGAGCUGUAUGCAUCGGUCAGGGGGGAGCCUGAAGCCGGCCUUAAAAAAAAAAUACGUGCCAGCUGUCUCCUCUGUUAGUUGAUGGGCAUGAGAUUUUUGUAUACUUUAUUCCUGUCUCUGUCUAUCCCUGUACUCUAAGACUUAAAUGGUGUAUUAUAUAAAAAUAUUCAAACGUU